ACCCAGGAAGUGACUCUGGGACCUGGAGCCACCGAACCCAGCAGCGUCCCUUUCUGCCCUGAACGCGACCCACUGACACGGCUCCACAGAGGAAACAAACAAAGUGUUGGAUCCGGUUGGAGUCCUCCUGCUCCCGUACCGAAAUGACGGCCAGAUACGAAUUCGAGGCCAACAAUGGUCGCCAUGAGCGGAUCGACUUCUUGACCAACAAAGAGAAGGCGUCGUCAAAGCGGAAAACCGGCAUCAUCGUCGGGGCUGUUCUGGCUUUUCUCGUCCUUUCAGCUGUUGCAGCGUUCCUCAUUUGGUGGUUUGCCUUUAAAGAUGCAGAUUCAGAAAGCACCCUCAGCAAACAUAGCAGGCCGCCACCGCAGCUCUUCAGUGGGCACAUGAAGCUGACUGGUGUACCAUAUGAUCAGAAACUGGAGGACACAGACGGCAAGGAAUUCAAGACGUUGGCGAAACGGCUGGAGGCAAUUCUCGGGGAAAACUACAAGAAAGAUCCAUUGCUGGGGGAACACCACACUAAAACGGUGGUCACUGCGUUCAGCGAGGGUGUGAUAGCCUAUUACUGGUCCCAGUUUGACAUCCCGCCCGACGAGGAGGAGAUUGUGCCGGAGUUCUCAGAGGAGCGGGUGUUGGAAGCACUGGAGACCAGCCUGAUCGGGCAGCGCAGCAUGGAGGCCAUUAAGAUCACAGAAAUCACCACCUCGGUCACAGAUCAUCGCAUGGCCAGGAAUCCCACAGCCACGGAUUGUUUCUUCCGCCUGGAGGCUGCAGAAACAGUGAAAACGUUCUCGUCUCCGGGGUACCCCACGGGCUACCCCCCCAAGUCAAGGUGUCAGUGGCAGAUCCGAGCGUCGGAGGACAAAGCCAUAUCCAUCAAUUUCCCUUUUUUCCACGUCGAGGAUGACUGCUCCGACGACUUUGUCUUCAUCUAUGACUCUCUGAGUCCGGACGAAUCUCAGGCCAUCACAAAGCAGUGUGGUCAGAGGCCUCCCUCCAACCCGCUGAAGGUGUUCUCAUCCGGCAACAUUAUGCUGAUUAACUUGAUCACUGACAGCGAGGUCCAGAGGCCGGGCUUUCAGGCAGAGUACACAGCCAUCCCCAAGUCUCAAGUGACAACCUGCGGUGGUGUCCUCACUGAAGACAAAGGAGUCUUCACAUCCCCACUUCACCCCGGCUUCUAUCCUCCUGCCGUCGACUGCAAGUGGACCAUCAAGGUCCGUGAUGGGGUCAAGGUGCGGGUGAAGUUCACCAUUUUCCGUUUGAAGGAGCCUGAAGUGGACACCCGUGCGUGUCACAAAGACUAUGUGGAGAUUAUGGGCACCAAGUACUGUGGAAAAUCGUCCUCCUUGGCUGUGACCAGCUCCAGCAACUUGCUGGAGGUCCUCUUCCAUUCCGACGAGUCCUUCACCGAUAAAGGCUUCAGGGCCGAGUACGUCGCAUACGAUCCCGAAAACCCUUGUCCCAACCAGUUGGCUUGUUCCUCUGGCAACUGCAUCGGUAAAGAGCUGAAGUGCGAUGGCUGGAACGACUGUGGUGAUAUGAGCGACGAGAGGGACUGCCAUUGUGGCGAGGACCAGUUCACCUGUGGCAACACUUUGUGCAAACCCAAACUCUGGGUGUGCGACAGUGUCAACGACUGCGGAGACUGGAGCGAUGAGAAACGCUGCAGUUGUGAGGAGAACGAGUUCCGCUGUGGGAACGGGGAGUGUAUGCCCCAGUAUGUCGUGUGCGACAGUAAGAAGGACUGUAUGGAUGGAAGCGACGAGGCCUCUUGUGAAUCCGCCCCGGGUAUCUGCAAUGAAUUCAGCUUCAAGUGCAAGAACGAUGACUGUGUCAAUAAGGUGAACGCCGAAUGCGACCGCAUCGCAGACUGCUCCGACAACUCCGACGAGGACCACUGUGAUUGUGGCACCAGGCCUUAUAAACUGAGCCGGAUCGUGGGAGGGCAGAACGCUGAGAAGGGGGAGUGGCCCUGGCAGGUCAGCCUUCACUUCCAGAACCUCGGACACACGUGUGGCGCCUCCAUCAUCUCAGACAGGUGGCUCCUCACAGCAGCCCACUGCUUUGCCACCAGAGAUCCAGCGAACCAUAUGCCUGACAACUGGCUGACCUACAGCGGCAUGCAGGACCAGUUCAAGCAGGAAGGCGUACAGCUCCGCAAGCUGAAGAGGAUCAUCACCCACCCAGAUUACAACCAGAUGACCUUUGACUUUGACGUUGCACUGCUGGAGCUCAGCGAGCCGCUGGAGUUCACUAACAUCCUCCAACCCAUCUGCCUACCGUCUUCCUCCCACGUCUUCCCAGCGGGCAUGUCCUGCUGGGUCACAGGCUGGGGCACGCUCCGAGAAGGAGGUCGAACGGCACAGGUGCUGCAGAAGGCGUCGGUGAAAAUCAUCAACGACACGGUGUGCAACGUGGUGACGGAGGGACAGGUCACCUCCAGGAUGCUCUGCUGCGGCCACUUGGCAGGAGGAGUUGACGCGUGCCAGGGAGACUCCGGCGGCCCCCUGUCGUGCUUCGAGGAGAGUGGGAAGUGGUUCCAGGCCGGCAUCGUGAGCUGGGGCGAGGGCUGCGCUCGUCGGAACAAGCCCGGCGUGUACUCGCGAGUCACCAAGCUGAGGGAGUGGAUCAAUGAGGAGACGGGAGUUUGACGCUGCUGUGAUGAAGAGGGGGAGAUGCAGAGCGGGGGAACAACCUCAGAGUGCUCCAAAUAACGGAGAGGGAACAUUUGAGUCUGAUUCAGGACUCCGAGUCUCUCCAAGAUGUUUUCAUUCAGCAGACUGUUGCGUGGACCCAGCGACUCACAUCAGUGACUCACAGCACUUUAUUUGGUUGCCAACCCCCUUUUUCCCACACACACACGUAAACAAACAUGAACCACCGCAACCCACAUUUUGUAUAUAGAUUAUAAAAGGUGUAAAUCUGUGAAGCGCCUUUUGCCAACAUCAAUCAUGUCAUGUUUCCCCAAGUACAAAAAAAUCCAAUAUAUAUAUUCUGGGAAUCAUUUUCCUAGUAUUUAUAAAAUGCAACAUUUUAAGAUUAUUGCAGAAUUUUAACAUUUUACUUGAGCUUCUCCCUGGAAAGAUCAUUUUAAAACUUAGUAUUAUAUAUUUCUAAAAGGGGGAAAUUCUGGCAGUCUCUGGCUGCGGCGAAUUUUGCUCCUUUUGCCAAAGAGGUCAUGCUGUUGAUAGCUUUAAUCAUUCGGGUUUUUCUUAUUCCUAUAUCUUAAAGGUUUGUAAUGUGUCCUUCAAUCUUUCUACUGCAACACUCUUAGCAUCAUUACAGAAACAUUGUUAGGCGGAGCACAGCAUAGGUUUAUUAUUUUUUUUCCGCCAGGUAGCCAUUAGCCUUUUUAUCCUGUUUAAAGAGUUGUGUUACAAUUGUAGGCACCAUGUGAUGAAUACAAAAAAGGAGAGGAAAACAACAUGCUUAAAUCCAUUAAGGGGCAUUUUCAUAUUAUACUAAAAUAAAUGAAAGUCAGAAGCUGCCUGGAGGGGAGAAGCUGCAUCAAUCAAUCUUCAAGCCGUGGUCAGUUUGUAGCUGGUGGGCUAAAACAGACAACAACUCCAGCAGGGUCCUUGGGGGGGGGGGGGCUUCUGAUCCGAGACUGGAGAAGUGAUGCUUGAGUUGUUUUAAGUUGCCUUAGGAUCUGAAUCUAUCUGGGGCCAGGGAUCAGUAUUUUAAAUGUUACACCUUUUACAGAGGGAUUUGCUCAGGGUGAUUUACGUCUUCACUCACCGGAGGGUCAGAGCAAACCCACGGGGGCGUGACUAGAUACCAGAGCAACGCAAUGAGGUUUUAUUCCUGCGAGGGUUCUUAAAUGUAAGAUUUAACUGUCGGGGGGCGGGGGGUGCAGAAGUAUUGUUGUGCAAUUCAGAAGAAAGUUUAGUGGGGAACGUGGCUCAGUGGAUCUUCGCUAUCUCCACAGAGCCUCACGGUUCGUGUGACUGUGUGAAACACAACUCACAAAAGAUAUUUCCAUGAGCACUGUGCACCGACAUGGACUCACUGUACUUUAUACCCUGUCUUUGUUUGUGUUUUUUUAUAUGGUUUGAUACAAAAGAUUGAGGAUAAUAAAGAUCAUAUAUGUGACAGCGUUA